UUGAAACGGUGAUAGAUUAGAUAAACUGAUGUGUACGAUUUUUGCAGCCCGUAGCCUAAGGAACCCGCAUCCUUCUCAUUAUGUGCAAAACAUUGUGAACUAUGCACAUUGCUACGCACUGCAUUUGUUUCACUCGUUAUUACAUCGAAAGGCUGCCGAGGUAGGACCACGAAUUUGGCAUCACUCCCCUUGCCCGAAUUUUAGAAUUUUAUAGGGGGGUAUGCCCGAAUGACAACGAGCUGAUGGGAAACUACGACUGGAAUAAUGAAAGCCAGGCCAAUGUGAAUCAGGAACUACGACAUAUAUGGAAUAACCGCCAAAUAACGAUCGACGUCAAGGGCGUCGGCGACCCACUUCUGGAACACCCAGUAAGGAUUCAUGACGCGCUGAGGGGAUCGUCUUUUAAUGCUGCAAAAGACCAGACGCCAUCGUUUCCACUAAACGAUUUCCUCAUUCAAGGGGAUCUGGCAUGCAUCCUUAUCGUAAUUUUUUUGGCUUUCGGGGUGGUUACCGUCAUCAUUGCAGUGACGUCACAAAUGACCGUCCUCUUAAUACCUGGAUUUGGCAUCAUAUUCACUGCUGUGCUUUACAAGUGGAUAAAAAUUUCCAAGAGUCAGGAUAAAGCUUUGGGAAGUAAGUUAAGGAGCAAACAGCAAAGACAUUCAUAUUCUCCACUACCCACCACCACUACUAACGAUAAAGCUAAGAACAACUUCAUGGCUUCCCGCCAAUUCGAGAUUGCUGGCUUCGAUGAUACUGCUAAGCCGUCUUUGCAGCCCGCCAUAGGAAACAAAAAUGUAAAGAAGAUGGCGAACUUGGUUACCCCCGACCCACAUUCGGACGAAGAUGCCCAUGUAUUUACAAACAGCACUCAGCAAUUUAAUUCGUCUCGUCAAGAAGGAUACUUUAGGCAUAGAUAUGAGGACCCGACGAAUCCCUAUCCAGUCCCGAAGGAUUCGCUAGUAAGAUCCGUGAAGAGGUUCCUUGAUCAAACUGACAAACUUAAAGGAGUAACCCCAAAAGCUAAACGCACAGUUAAAGAAUGGCCGGCUGAAACUCAUUUUGACAAGCCUAAAGAAAGAACGAGCGGUCUUGUUGAACCCAUCAUUGGUCGUGCAUUCAGCCAAUGGCAAUCUGUUGAACCACUGCUCACAGGGAUGGCGAAGGCGUUAGUGCCAAAAAUUUCUGGCUCGGUAACUAAGGAAGAGUGUGAGGAGCCGGAAAGUGCUCGCGACGAGCGGCCAGUAGGUUCUGAGAUAUCAGUGAAUAUUCCGGUUUCCCCUGCUUCAAGUGCUACUGCAUUUUCUGGCACGUCUAUCCAGAAACCUCAAUAUGUUCCUGUUCGAACGAGUAUUUCACCAAACAUACCGUUGCAUCGCACGAAGCAGAAAUAUCCGUCUCCGUAUCCAGACAUCCACCCUUCUGCUUCAUUUGAUAAGGCUCCUUCCCUGGCACCCCCACUUUCUCCCCAGGCACCUCCAUCUUUUCUCCACGCACCCCCACCUCCUCCCCAUACACCCUCACCUUCUUCCCAGGCAUUCCCACCUCCUCCGCAGGUACCCCCAUCUCUUCCUAAGCCACCCCAACCUCUUUUGAAAUCACCUCCGCGUCUUCCUAGGUCAUUUUUACCUCCUCCUGAAUCGGCUUCACCUCCUGAAUCGAUUUCACCUCCUGGAUCGGCUUCACCUCCUGGAUCGGCUUCACCUCCUGAAUCGGCUUCACCUCCUGAAUCGGCCUCACCUCCAGAGUCAGUUCCAUCUCCUCCGUUAUCUGCACCCCGAAUCUCACCACCAGUUCGGUCUCCUCAAUCUCCAUUUCCUACUGGUAAAACGGUGGUCUUAAAGUCUCCAGUGAGGCGCGCGAAAUAUCCAAAAAAAUCUUUCAUGGAUAACGCUAAACCUCUCGUAGAGCCUAGAGAUAAAGCAAAAAAAAAACCGCGAAAAACAGAAAAAGCGAGAAAACGUGAUCUAAAAAAAAAAAAAAAUCAAAAGCCUAGAAAGAAGGGCAAAGGUGGAGCUGUCGGUGCAGCAAAAAUCCGACGAAGUAGCGGGUUACCGACAUCGAAUGUACGCACUUCGUCUGACGGCCAAAAUUCUGCCGCCUUUCGAAGUCCCAUCACUUCGGCGAGCAGUGCAGAUCUUACAGACUUUGAGGACUCCGGAGAUGACAAAAAUACUCAGAGAAGAAGAGGUGUUCAUCUUGAGUCUAAAAAAAGACAGUCCUGUCAUUCUAGAAACUCGUUCAAAAAAUAGAACGCAAUAAAAAAACCGAAGGAUGAAUUGAUAUGGCGUCAAUCAGACAAAAUUGUACCGAACUAAUCAGUAGCCUUCGAAAAAUUGAUGGUUCUUCCGUCCUUAUUGUACGGCACUUUGCCAUUGUCUGAUAUUAACUUUAACAUGUGGUCCUUAGCAAGCACACCGGUGAGAAUGUCUGUCUUUCCUAUCCCAGCUGCGCCACAUGCCGUUCAGUAGGACGCGCAGGACGCCACCUUUUCACCUACACUUACGAUUCGCGUUUUGAAUGUCACAAGCAAAUUGAGCGAACUGUCGGGAAACGACGUUCUUCAGUUUAAAACUGUCUUUAAAA